GGAAGUGUCAGGCCGGGAGGGGCGUGGGGCUGGCCGGAUUUUGUGUGCGCCUGCGCAAUCGCCGGGACAGGGUGUGUUCCUGCUGCCGGAUCCUGUUUUCGCUCAUCCAGCUCAUCGAUCUCCACCCGAGUUUCCCCUGCAGGUCCCCAAUCACACCCACCCAGGUGUUGCUCUGCGAACAUGUCCAAGUCACUGAAGAAGCUGGUGGAGGAGAGCAGGGAGAAGAACCAGCCGGAAGUGGACAUGAGUGACAGGGGUAUCUCCAGUAUGUUGGAUGUCAACGGCUUGUUCUCUCUAGCCCACAUCACACAACUGGUGCUCAGCCACAACAAGCUAACAACUGUGCCGCCAAAUGUAGCGGAACUGAAGAACUUGGAGGUACUAAACUUCUUCAACAACCAGAUCGAGGAACUGCCCACCCAGAUCAGCAGCCUCCAGAAACUCAAACACCUGAACCUUGGCAUGAAUAGGUUGAACACGCUGCCUCGAGGAUUCGGCUCCCUCCCGGCUCUGGAGGUCCUGGACUUAACUUACAACAACCUGAAUGAACAUUCUCUUCCGGGAAACUUCUUCUACCUCACCACCCUGCGUGCACUCUAUCUAAGCGACAACGAUUUUGAAAUCCUGCCUCCAGAUAUUGGGAAGCUCACAAAGUUGCAGAUACUCAGCCUCAGGGAUAAUGACCUGAUCUCACUGCCUAAGGAAAUCGGGGAGCUGACCCAGCUGAAGGAGCUCCACAUUCAGGGGAACCGCCUGACCGUUCUGCCUCCAGAGCUAGGCAACUUGGAUCUAACUGGUCAGAAGCAGGUCUUCAAAGCAGAGAACAACCCUUGGGUUACCCCGAUUGCUGACCAGUUCCAGCUUGGCGUCUCCCAUGUUUUCGAAUAUAUUCGUUCGGAAACUUACAAGUAAAAAUGAUGUUCAAGCCUUUGACACCUCUGUCCAGAUUGCCUACAAAUAUGUUAACUUGAACAAGGGAUACUACAAAGUAUUGAAGAGAAAAGGAAAAGCCACUAAAAGUCUAUCUGGGGUAGGAUUGUAUCACAUCCCUUCAACUUUUCAAGGGAUAACAACCUUUACAAAAGCAAAGGAUGAACACCCUUCAGAGCCCUUAGGUGGAGGUGGGAGAUCAUUGUCUGUCAGACUUCAGACAAGCCACAGCUGACUUUUUAAUGAGGCUGCAAAUGCUCCCUUCCAUACACACUGACCUUUGAGAUGAUUUUAAACCUUGCUGACCUUUUCUGCACACAAGACCACUUCCCCCAAACUGCACAGAGCCUACAACUGCACCUGGACAUCUUCUUACAACAGGCUGUGCCUUCUGCAAGCACCCAACCAUAAUCCCUCACUAACAAGUGAUGGAAUAGUAUACACUAAGUCCUCGUCUGCAAUUCAGAACUCAGUGUUCAGUAUGGACCUGGGAACGUUGUGAGGAGGAGCAUUUCCACUUUCCAUAGGUGAGCAACACUGACCUGCCAUGUUUUGUCCAUGGUGAUGUUCUGCCCACAAUGGUGGGGCCAAGGAGUGUGAACUUAACCUUUUGAAACUAAGAACCAAAAUAAGUCUUCCCUCUCCUUGAAGUUGAUUUUUUUUUUUUUUUUUUUGUGCAUUGUGUCACAGUGGCUGAGAGAUGAAUCUUAAGCUGCAGAUCUGCUCUGGACCUUUGGCAGCCAGCUUCUAAGAAAGCCCUCCAUUUUUUUUUUUCCCAUCUGGUAUUCACAACCUAAUAUUAUCCCCUUGUAUGUCAUACCAUCCUGGCUCUCUCAUAAAUAAAUAAAGCACAAUAGUUUAUUGCCACCAGAAAAAAAACUAACAAACAAACAAAAACAAAAAAAACAAAAAACAAAUGAAGUACAGUGAUACAGCCAAGACUUAAGAAUCAUGAUGAUAUAGGUAAUCUUGAGAGUUGGUUUCAAGAACAAAGAGUCAGUUAUUUGAAAUCAUAAAAGCAUGAUGUCAUUACUAUCCUUUUUGAGUUUUAAUUGCCUCCUUGUUGUAAAACUAUCAAGGACGUCUUGAAAAUUGCUUGUGGAGCUGGCAUGAUGACUCAGCAAUUAAUUGCAGGAACUCUGGGUUCAGUUCCCAGAACCUUCAGGAUGGUUUCUGAUAAACUGUAUGUAACUCCAGGUCCAUGUGGUGGUUAUAUGGUCUGUUUUUGUCUCUGCAAACUUCUGUACAUGUGGACACAAAGUCAAACCCAUACCCAUUGAGUAAAUAAAUGUAAAUAAAUCUUUUAAAAAACAAUUGUUUGCAUUUAUUUUUCCUGAGUGAUGAUCCUAUGUUGCUCUAAAUAAAUGUACUUCUCCUAGAACUUGGUUGGGUUGGUUUUGUUCUAAGGUGACAGCUUUAAGUCACAAAAUUUCAUUUAACUGUCUGUUUUCCCCAUGUACCAAAUGGACCAUGAACACAUAGUUCAAGAAUGUUGGUAUAACAUUGGCUGUCAAUCCUUGAUUUAGUUGCUCAACUCUUUCUCUAUUUAGUCAUAAUUGAUAACUGUGCUAGUAAAUUUGUACUCUCC